AUGGAAGGAUUCAAACCUACACUCGGAAAAACCUUUGAAACAGGUGAAAUCAAAGGGCAUUACUUGAAUGCUACUGCAGGGACAUGUGAAGAAAUUAUCAAAAGGACCGUGUGUGCUAGAGAAUUGGGAGUUCCUAUCAUAAUGCACAACUACUUAACAGGUGGGUUCACUGCAAAUACUAGCUUGGCUCAUUAUUGCCGAGAUAAUGGUUUACUUCUUCACAUCCAUCCCGCAAUGCACGCAGUUAUUAAUAGACAGAAGAAUCAUGGUAUGAACUUUCGUGUACUAGCUAAAGCUUUAUGUAUGUCUGAUGGAGAUCAUAUUCACAUUGGUACAAUAGUAGGUAAACUUGAAGAAGAAAGGGACAUAACUUUGGGCUUUGUUGAUUUACUACAUGAUGAUUUUAUUGGAAAAGAUCGAAGCCGUGAUAUUUAUUUCUCUCAAGAUUGGGUUUCUAUGCUAGGUGUUCUGCCCGUAUCUUCGGGGGGUACUCACGUUUGGCAUAUGCCUGCUUUGACCGAGAUCUUUGGAGAUGAUUUCGUACUACAAUUCAGUGGAGGAACUUUAGGACACCCUUGGGGAAAUGCACCGGGUGCCGUAGCUAAUCGAGUAGCUUUAGAAGCAUGUGUACAAGCUCAAAAUGAGGGACAUAACCUUGCCCGCGAGGGUAAUGAAAUUAUCCGCAAGGUUAGCAAAUGGAGUCUUGAACUAGGUGCUACUUGUGAAGUAUGGAAGGCGAUCAAAUUUGAAUUUGACGCAGUGGAUAAAUUAGAUAAACCAGCUUGAUAAAUCAAAUUUGAAUUCGAAGCAAUGUAUACUUUGUAAUCCAGUAAUUACUGUCGGUUUGUUGAAUUGCAAUUAUACUC